AUGAAUACGUCAUUUGGAAACGAUGCCAAUCAGAAACAAAUGAAAGACACAAAUCAUCUUGACUACGUUUUCUCUCGUCACGGCGCCAAAAGCUCGGUCAAAACUUCUCAGUCUGAAAAUAACUGUAAGUCUAUGUCAGAAAGACGUGUGAAGAUUACGUUUUGA